AUGCCCCUCAUCGAGGUGAUAUCGAGCGAGGAGAAUGACCCGGCGGUGUCCUCGGCGCCGAAGCCUGCGACCGCGGCGGAGGUCGCCGCCGGCAUCGGCGCACUCGGGCUGGAUCCCGCGCAGCACCACGGGGGAAGCGAGUGGUCGCAGGUGGAGCCCGUCGGAUUGACCAACACCGAGCGCGCGCAGAUGGACGAGCUGCGCGAGAAGUACGGGAAGUACCAGCGCGAGCGCGACGCCGUGGGCGGCGGCGACGCGCCGCACACGGAGCACGCCCUGGCGCAGGCGCAGGCGCGCAUGGACGCCGAGUUUCGCGCGCGCGAUGCCGCCCAACCCGGAUCCGACGGAGACGACGCGGACGAUGCCGGCCGCGAGGCGGUCGCGCCCAGCUCGAGGAUCAAGGUCUGCGACGUGUGCCGCGGGAUGCGGGUCACCAAGACCGAGUACAACCACCGCGUGAUGGAGCGCAUGUGCGAGAGGUGCGAGGGCGAGGGCGUGCUCCAAGACGGUAAGCCCAUCGUCACCCCGGGCGAGGCGGCCGCGGAGGAGGCCAAGCGGAGUGCGAUCGAUCCUCCGUCGUCGUCGUCGGGCGCGGCGGGCGACGACGACGACGCGAUGCGUCGCCGGGUUCAGGAGGCCAUCGCCAAGGACGAUCGCUUGAUGCGGUACGCGGAGCUCAGCACGGUGUGCGACGCCAUCGAGGAGAAGAUGGACGGAUACGCGCGGGAGAUCGUCGAGGCCAACGCGAGAUUGGACGGCGACGACGCGAGCGCGGAGCUCGAAGCCGCGGUGCACGAGCUGGUCAAACAGAUCACCCUCCACCGCGCGACGCUGCGGGGGAAACUCGAGGAGUACAGGGCGGAGCUCGGGCCCUUGGAGGAGGAGCUGGAGAGGGACGGGACGUUCGCGUCGUUCGCGGACCUGGAGACGGACGCGGACGAGCUCCCGUGA